GCCUUUAAUCAACUAUGGGAACAUGGCAAAUAAGACAUUGAGUCAUUACCACCAGCUCAGACCGCCCCUCCAUAUUACUUCAAUACACACCAGUGCAGCAUAUUUGGAUGUAUCCAUUUAACUGUGACCAUGACAGAAGACAAUGACUCCAGCACAAUGAAAAUCUUGGAUAUGGAUGACGACAUGUAUGUCAAGCCCAGAACAAGACAUGGCUUUCAAUAUUCAGUGCAUUUUCAGUGGUGGAAGAGAUCAUUCGGAGUUGCUGCAUUGUGUCUUGGAUUGCUGUGUAUUCUCCUACUGGCUGGGAUCAUAGGCAUGUGUGUCAACUACACUGGUCAGCGUUACCGUGAUGAAAGAGACCAGCUACAAACCAGUAAUAACAACCUGACUAAAGAGAGAGACCAGCUACAGACCAGUUAUAACAACCUGACUAAAGAGAGAGACCAGCUACAGACCAGUUAUAACAACCUGACUAAAGAGAGAGACCAGCUACAGACCAGUUAUAACAACCUGACUAAAGAGAGAGACCAGCUACAGACCAGUUAUAACAACCUGAUUAAAGAGAGAGACCAGCAUCAGAGGGAGACAGAAAAACUGAAAAUCAAAGGAAAUGUGGCGUUGAAUGGAGUGGCCACUCAGUCAUCACUGUAUGAAAAUCGCGACGCUUCCGAUGCCAUCGAUGGGAAAAGAAACACACACUAUGAAUCCUGCACCCACACUCUGAAAGACAGAAACCCGUGGUGGAGAGUGGACCUGCUGAAUGUGUACAGAAUAACAGAUGUCACGCUCACCAACAGAGGAGACUGCUGUCCUGAGAGGCUUGAUGGUGCUGAGAUCCGCAUCGGUAACUCAUUGGAGAACAACGGCAUCAACAACCCCAGAUGUGCCGUCAUCUCCCACAUCCCAGCAGGAGAGUCCCACACCUUCCAGUGCAAUGAGAUGGAGGGUCGCUACGUUGUUGUGGUCAUCCCUGGCAGGUCGGAAUGGCUCACUCUGUGUGAGUUGGAAGUUCAUGGUACUCCUGCAGUCACUGGUGAGCUUUCCGGUGCAGAGAAAGACAGCUUACAGACCAGUUAUAACAACCUGACUAAAGAGAGAGACCAGCAUCAGAGGGAGACAGAAAAACUGAAAAUCAAAGGAAAUGUGGCGUUGAAUGGAGUGGCCACUCAGUCAUCACUGUAUAAAAAUCGCGACGCUUCCGAUGCCAUCGAUGGGAAAAGAAACACACACUAUGAAUCCUGCACCCACACUCUGAAAGACAGAAACCCGUGGUGGAGAGUGGACCUGCUGAAUGUGUACAGAAUAACAGAUGUCACCCUCACCAACAGAGGAGACUGCUGUCCUGAGAGGCUUGAUGGUGCUGAGAUCCGCAUCGGUAACUCAUUGGAGAACAACGGCAUCAACAACCCCAGAUGUGCCGUCAUCUCCCACAUCCCAGCAGGAGAGUCCCACACCUUCCAGUGCAAUGAGAUGGAGGGUCGCUACGUUGUUGUGGUCAUCCCUGGCAGGUCGGAAUGGCUCACUCUGUGUGAGUUGGAAGUUCAUGGUACUCCUGCAGUCACUGGUGAGCUUUCCGGUGCAGAGAAAGACAGCUUACAGACCAGUUAUAACAACCUGACUAAAGAGAGAGACCAGCAUCAGAGGGAGACAGAAAAACUGAAAAUCAAAGGAAAUGUGGCGUUGAAUGGAGUGGCCACUCAGUCAUCACUGUAUAAUAAUCGCGACGCUUCCGAUGCCAUCGAUGGGAAAAAAAACACACACUAUGGAUCCUGCACCCACACUCUGAAAGACAGAAACCCGUGGUGGAGAGUGGACCUGCUGAAUGUGUACAGAAUAACAGAUGUCACCCUCACCAACAGAGGAGACUGCUGUCCUGAGAGGCUUGAUGGUGCUGAGAUCCGCAUCGGUAACUCAUUGGAGAACAACGGCACCAACAACCCCAGGUGUGCCGUCAUCUCCCACAUCCCAGCAGGAGAGACCCACACCUUCCAGUGCAAUGAGAUGGAGGGUCGCUACGUUGUUGUGGUCAUCCCUGGCAGGUCGGAAUGGCUCACUCUGUGUGAGUUGGAAGUUCAUGGUAUUCCUGCAGGAAAUGUGGCGUUGAAUGGAGUGGCCACUCAGUCAUCACUGUUUAAUAAUCGCAACGCUUCCGAUGCCAUCGAUGGGAAAAGAAACACACACUAUGGAUCCUGCACCCACACUCUGAAAGACAGAAACCCGUGGUGGAGAGUGGACCUGCUGAAUGUGUACAGAAUAACAGAUGUCACCCUCACCAACAGAGGAGACUGCUGUCCUGAGAGGCUUGAUGGUGCUGAGAUCCGCAUCGGUAACUCAUUGGAGAACAACGGCACCAACAACCCCAGGUGUGCCGUCAUCUCCCACAUCCCAGCAGGAGAGACCCACACCUUCCAGUGCAAUGAGAUGGAGGGUCGCUACGUUGUUGUGGUCAUCCCUGGCAGGUCGGAAUGGCUCACUCUGUGUGAGUUGGAAGUUCAUGGUACUCCUGCAGGGAGACCCUGUCCUGAAGGAUGGAAGACAUCUGGCUUCAGCUGUUACUACACCUCCACCGUGAUUAAAACCUGGGAGGAGAGCAGAAAGGACUGCAACGAGAGAGGAGCACAACUGGUGAUCAUAAACAGCAGAGAGGAACAGACAUUUAUCAAUGGGUUAUACGGACCGGGGAAUGAGACCUGGAUCGGUCUGACGAACGUUGACACUGAGGGGACCUGGAAAUGGGUGGACGGCACACCACUGACCACAGCGUAUUGGAAGACUGGAAAGCCUAGCAGCUCUUUAGGGGCCGACCAGGACUGUGUGGCGUUUAUCCACCAUUCAUCAGACCCAGGGGAGUGGAACGACGAGGAAUGUCACAAGUCAAACAACUGGAUCUGUGAGAUAUUUUAAUUCUCAUACUCUCUGUACUACAUGUACCUGCCAAAA